AGUUAAAUCAAGUUAAACGGUGCAAGCGAUUUACGAAAAAUAAACGAGCGUUAAAGUAAAAAGAAAAAAAUUUAUUCUAAUUGAGUUGGCAAGCGAAUUUAGUAGCUGACAACCGAAACAUAAUAUUUUCUUAAUAAAAAGUAGUGUAGUUCAAUUGGGCUGUGUCGCUUUGUAUGCAUGCAACCGAUGCAACGACAGACUGUGUGCGCACGCAGCAACAGUUGGGCAUGCUCCGUCGAGUGGCACGGUCGUUAAACGGCUGCCAGCACGAGAACCUGAGUGAAAAGCCAACGCCGAGCGCGUAUGUGAAUGUGCCAAAAGAAAAUGUGUGCAAAACCGCGCGGCAUGCCAUAAAGAAGAAAGUGACUAGCCGCCAGACGGUUGAAACGACAAAGCUUAAGAUGAUGCACGCGAUAAAUGUGGUUCCGCAACGCGGCUCAUGGAAGCGCGCCAUAUGGCCCAUGACCUUGCUGUGCUGGUGUUUUAUUAUAAUAGUCAACGCGCCAGCAAAUGGGCUGAACUACGUCGAUGACACGACCGCGAGCGCUGAGUUGAACACGCAAGCCGGGGCUCGAGCCAUGGGCCUCUAUGGGGCACGCGAACCGCGUUUUGGUGAUCGUUUGCUGCCGUUGCGUAAAAAGUCCGGUGCGAUAGCGAAUGUGGCGGCGCCCAGCCAAAGGCAAGUGAAUAGUAUUUUGAGUAAAAGUAAUUAUGUGGUCAGUUACGCGAGUGCUAAUACAAAUAACGCGGCUGCAAGUGCGAAAGUUAUGGCACGUGCCGCAAACACAAACACGACUGGCGAAGUGAAUGUUGCGCGUAAUAACAAAGUGGAUGUGAGUGUUAGUGUUGAGCCCAAAACUGAUUUGUAUACCAUGGAGGUGCACCAAGCUGACUACACAGCACCGCCAGUGACCGCAGAACGUCGCAGCAAACAGCUGAGUCGACGCGAGGAUACCAACAUCGCAGGGCUGUUGCUAGACUCGACUACUUUCAGCAGUAAGGACACGAACAUUUCGAAAGCAGAUCGCCUGGUAGUCAUGUCCACCGAGUUCUUCGUAGUGCCAACAAGCACACCACUACCAAGCAACGCGCAUCCAACUAGAGCGCCAGCACGCACGGGCGCUAAGGCAGCAGUACUGCCUGACUAUAUACAGCCACCGCCUGCAGGUGUACCGACUGCUGGACCACGUUCGGUUUUAAUCGUAGCGCCGCGGCCGUUGAAUACCUCGAAUGCAGCGAAUAGCGUCAGCGCGGGUUUCCCACCAUCCAUAGUGCCCACACAUCUGCCAUUCACUGGGCUGCGGAAGGAGCCUUGGGUGGUGCCCGUCCUGGUGUUGGCCGCACUCACAAUGCUAAUGAUGACAGCUUUUGAGAUUUUUGUGCUGUUCAAGGCGUGGCGUACAUCACCUUCGCGCCGUCAUCUGUUUCUCGGACAGAUGCUACUGUUGGGACUGUUUGCUUGUGCCGGGCUGGGUGCUGUACUAACAGCGCAGCCCUCGUUGCUCAGCUGUGGUGCAAUACGUUUUGGCGUGGGUGUUGCCUAUGCGCUUGUCUUUGCCGCGCUACUCGUCAAGUGCGUCUUCCUCAUUAGUCUCAAUGGUGGCGUGUACCUACCGGCACCCUAUCAAGGUUUACUGUUGCUCUUCGCCGUACUCAUACAAGUCGCCAUAGGCACACAGUGGCUACUCACACAACCGCCGGAGAUCUAUACGCAAAGUGUACCCAUACUUGGUAAUAGUCUGUUGGCACCUACCGUAGCUUCCAGUAGCGCCACAUCUGCGGCGCAUACUUUCGCAGCGCUUUUCCAGCCACACAGCGCUACACCCAACAAUGGGCCGUCCGCAGCAGCGCUCGGCUCCAGUCUCGGCUCGGAUUUGUAUGCACGUAUUACUGCAGCCGGUACGAUGCUGAUACCGUUAUGCAAAACACAAUUUUCGGAGCUGCUCUUUUCGCUCAUCUACAUUGUCUUUCUGAUUGUGUUCGUCGCCGUGUUGGCCAUCAAAUCACGCGGCAUACGCGACAAUUAUCGCGAGGCCACCUACAUUGGUUUGGCUAUUGGCGGCGCUAUACCCAUUUGGCUGGGCUGGAUGCUAUGCGGUUUGGCGGUGGCGGAUCGCCAUAAGGAUGCUUGUAUUGCUUUCGGACUGAUAGCGACAUCAGCAACUGUCUUUCUAGUUAUGUUUAUGCCGAAAGGUCGUCAAUUGGCGGCUAUGGGCAAGGAGGGCCUCUAUGUGGAGGAUCGUGAGGAGCAGUUCAGCUCGCUGAGUCGUGCUGGCUCCGGUUACUCACCCUCAUUCUUCCACUUUAAGCCGAUCAAGUACGGAGUAAUGGGCGGCGGCAUGCAGAAUUCGGCAACAAAUACGGGGAACGGCGCCAGCAUGAAGCACUGCUCGAAUGGUCUGGGCGGAGGCGGCGGAGAUCGCGUUGCCUUGGUCACCGCAGCACCACCGAGCUAUACACGUAUGUAUCACUAUUUUCCAGCACAUUUAUCAGCGCACCCGUUUUGUUUUUAUCCACAACCACCCCCACCACCACCGCCACCACCAAUUCCACCGCCAACGUUGACACAAUUGCCCUCACCACCGACACUCAAACAAUUGGGCAACUCACUGUCGUCAAUGACACAAGCACAUAUCGCACAGACACUCCGGUAUCCAGGUUUAUUUAUACGACCCGAUGAGACCAAUCUUUACACGACGUUGGAACCAACACUAAGCAGUAAUCCGAACGUGUACUUCCAACGCGGCGGUGCGGUACAUCCGGGUAUGAUGUACUAGGUACAACCAACAAACUCCAAACGAAAGUUUAAAAAUUCACACGAGACGCAGGUGAAUUGAGAAGACGACGACGAUAUUGGCUGCUGACAGUGGUAACAAAAAGCCGCGCGACAGUCGAGCACUGAGCAACUCAAAGUAUAAAAGUAUAACUUAUUGCAAUACGAAACGCUAAGCUAAGUUAAAAACUGAAAAGAAAUUUUAUUUUUUAUUAACUUAGUAAUAUGAAAAACUAUUUUCUAGCAUACAAGUAUAAGUCCCACAUUUUAAGUUGUAAGAACUCCAAGUGCACAUUUGCUCCCAGGGAGUGUAUCUUAAUAUAAGAACUCACUAUACGUAUUACUUAAGUUAAGCUGUACUUAAACGCUUAAGCAUCUAAGCGAAAACGAAAGGAGAAAAUAUGAGUAAGCAUAAAUGAGAAAGCGAAAACGUAACGAAAAUAGAAGCAUGAGCACGAGAAAGACUUAAACUGUAUUUCAAACAUAGUAAAAAAUAAACUAGAGACUUAAGAAACGAACACUCAUAGCAUAUUAAGAGCAAUUAAGGCCAGUUCUACUACGAAAAUAGAAAAACAGGGUGUUUCUUUUAGACAUGUGGUUUUCCAGAAGACAUAAAACGGGCAUAAAACUUAAAAAGUUGUAUGUGAAAUUGAAAUUUAUGGCCAAGAGUUUAGCUUUAUUAUAAAGAAAAGGCUUUGCAACUAGGUUUUGAUAAUGAUUUCGAGCAAGUAACCGCGGUGACAGGAACAAAUAAAUUACAGCCGAGUGAACCAAUUUGCGAACAUUUUUGCACCGAUUUGGACCGUAUACAGGAUGUUAGCAAGACGUGCUGAUCUAACGCUUCCAAGGCGUUAAUCGGCUCAAUUUAAGUACAUAGACAAGCAACUUCUCAAAAUCCCACAAAAAAGGGUCGAGCGGUGUCAAAACGCACGAUCUUGGAGGCCAAGCCGCAGACAUACGACUCGAGAUAAUGCGAUCACGAAGUUUUUUUUCAAAUAAAUUGAAAGUAGCUUUGGAUGUAAGGCAUAUUGCGCAGUCUCUUGUUGGAACUGAUUUUCCUCCAGUUCAGUCAUGUAAAAGUCAUUAAUCAUGGCUCUAUAUGUAUCAUACGACACUGAUUAAAACAGAAUGGUCAGCUUAAUUUUUGAAGAAAUAUGGUGACAACAAUAAUUUUUUGAGGAUGUAAUAGCAUCGCACUCGUCCGAGGCUAUUUGUUUCCUUUUCAUUGAGAGCCUUUUUAGCGUGGGGAGUCCAAAACCCAACGCAUAAACAAGGGGAGGAAUGGUUCGCUUUCUCACCUUCAAACAAAUGUUAUUUGGCUACACAGAGCAUACUUCGUCUGAGACCAGAAGUGGUGAGCUGCUUGAACCAUAUGUAAAAGAAUCGUUUCUGGCCACUCCCAAGUGAAUGGCGCUCAGAGAACUUUCCUCACUUGCGUGAACACAUGACUCCAUCCUCGUCUCAACAAUGACUUUUGGAUUAUCACCAUUCUAAACGGGACACUUUUGUUUAUUAAGCUACUCAUUCAACAAAAAGUAAGCUUCAUUUCUAAAUAAAGUUUUCUUGCGAUGUGACUUAUACACUAGAGUAAACGUAUUGCGACACUGAUCCAUGAUUGCUGUAACACGAUCCAUGUUCUGCUGUGCGAUUAUGUUAACCGAAUAUUAUUUUGCUAAUAAUUUUUACCAAACCAAACUGGGUAUAAGCCAAGCAGCAGCUGUCAAAAAGAUCAAAGCCGUAAAAGUAUUGUUUCAUUGAAAACCACAAGUCUAAACAAAACACACAUUAAAAUCUGGAGAUUAUUAGCGGCACAACCACUCCAUAUAUGGUAGGCAACAAAACACAGUGUUAGAAAUGAAAUUACGCUCACUUAAUGUUUGCACAAUUUGCACGCGAUUUUCGACGCGCCACGAAAUUGAUAGCAAUGGGCCCGUUAAUGAACACCCGUUGCAGUGUUCAAGCGCGCUCUUGUAGUUCAGUGGCGCGCGGCUAAGCGCAUGAAGGCGCUCGGAACGCGGCUCUCAGGCUAGGCAGGAAAAGGGUUCAUUCUGAUCAAUUCAAAAAUAGCAAAUAAACAAACAAAAAAUUUGGAGCAAGCGUCAAGGCGUUGAACGCGUUCAGUGCGAGACAUGCUGCGCUCUUGCGCGCAGUCUUAGCAACACCUGCCGCCAUGUGCGCGCCGCAGUGAAAGUGUUUCGUUACGUAAGUCGACGGCCGACAGUCGUAGGAAAACAGAAUUGAACAAAUGAACAACCGAGUGUAAGCCGAAGAAAUGUUGUGUGACCGUAAGCUUUUGCUUUUUAUUUUGAUUGCCAAUUUCUAUACACACACUCGCCACACAACAGCGCCGACAUGUGUUUUGUUGGCAUUUUUUUUGUAACAAUAACGCGUUUUUGUGUGUUUGUGUGCCUCGCAGCGCGCCGCCAAGCAUAAGUAGCAAAAUGCAGCGCCGCCAAAUAUGGUGCGCGCAUACACGGAAUGCGUGCGGCGCUCACUUGAAAUGUGUAACGUAAGCAACACACGCAUUGAUGUUGUGCUCUUCAAUAAAUUUUAUGCGCCGCUUAAAUUAGUCGAAAGCAUUAAGUUUUGAUUUUUCGAUUUUUUGAGUUUUUUUUUUAACUUAAGUACCAAUGCACUUACGUAAGUUUAAGUCUAUUUUUAAUUGCUAGUAAUUACUUGUAAAUAAACUCUAAUGUUAAUAAUUACAAAAAUAUUAACAAUAACGUGAAAUUGCAUGUAGCUGUAAGUCCAAUACAUAUACAUAUGUCUAGUGUUAAGUAAGUUUCUUAAUAUUUACUUACGCAUUACAAUAAGCGCUUCCAUAUUCGUAUAUUUGUGUGUUUAUCUUUUUAAGUAUUAGUUGUAAGCAUGUAAGUGAUGUAACUGUGUAUUUGUAAGUAUUCAACGACUUGUCAAUACGAACUCUUUAUACUGUGACAAUGUAUGAAAAGCGUAAAAGUUUAAAUAAAAUAUAACGAGA